AUGGUCUCCUCUCAGAAGUUCACCGAUGUCCAAAUUGACCAGUUCGGAGAAGCACUCAACGACGUCAAGUAAGACCGAUCGAAUGAAAUCCAAAUGAAAGGAGAAUUUGCAGACGGCCACUCAAGGCUCGUUUCCGUGCACUCUUCAUCCUCAGGAAUACUGGUUGCGAUCGAUCGGUCGAAUGGAUAGGAAAAUGUCUGAAUGACGAAUCGGCUCUCCUAAAGCACGAAUUGGCUUACUGCCUGGGUCAAAUGCAGAACAAGAGUGCCAUCCCGACACUUGUGAAUGUUUUGGAGGACGAAAAGCAAGGUGAAGCGAAAUAUCAAUAGAAUAUGGUAACGAAAAACGCAUUUGCAGAACCAAUGGUCCGCCACGAAGCCGGAGAAGCUCUCGGAGCGAUCGCCGAUCCGUCGGUCAAGGAAAUUCUACAGAAAUACGCACAUGAUCCGUGCCCAGAAGUCUCCGAAACUUGCCAGAUUGCUCUGGAGCGAGUGGAAUGGGUUGAAAAGAGCGGAAAAGAUACGAACAGUCCGUAUGACAGUGUCGGUAAGAACACAUAAUACCUCGAGUCUAUGGAUUGAAUGCUUUUAGAUCCGACUCCGUCCGCCUCCACUUCCGAUGUCAAAGAGCUGGCGGCGACGCUCACGAAUGCUUCACUACCUCUCUUCGAGAGAUAUCGUGCUAUGUUCAGCCUGCGAAACAUAAAUUCGGACGAAUCGAUCAAAGCGCUGGCGCAAGGACUCUACUGCGAGGAAAGUGCUCUGUUCCGGCACGAAGUCGCCUACGUGCUCGGUCAAGUCCAGUCUCCCGUGGCCAUUCAGGAACUGAAGGACAGACUUCUGCUGCCGACCGAGAACAGUAUGGUCCGUCAUGAAUGCGCCGAAGCUCUCGGAGCCAUUGCCAACGAAGAGUGCACUGCUAUUCUGAAGCAGUACGUCAAUGACGAGGAGCGUGUGGUUCGUGAAAGUUGCGAAGUCGCGCUGGACAUGGCUGAGUACGAAAACAGUGAUGACCUGCAAUACGCCAAAAUCUGAACUCUUAUUUGCUCCGUUGUUUUCUCACUUGUUAUGUCAUACCUAUUCCCCGUUUCUUGUUCAAUUCAUAAAUUUAUUGUUUGUUGCUCGCUCACACUUAUUUUUCAUGAUUUUCGUUGUUUUCGACAUGUAUUUGUUGACCUUCAUUUUAUUUUUCAAUAUAUUUCGUUUCAGGAUGAAGCCGUGCACAGAGAUAGUGUGUCGACUGGCGCGAAGCGUCCCUUCUCGCAAUCUGAGCGUCACUGGAUCCAGAACUUUCAGUUCAGAAGCGAAAGCUCAGCCGAGUUUCUCACUGUCGGAAGCAGGAACUCUUUACGAGAUGGAAGUGCCGGCUGCAAAGCAAUUGAACAUGGCAAAAACCCUGCCCCAACCACUCAGAAGACAAAUGGAUACGCUCGGAGAAAUAGUUACUUUGGUAUGGAAACGGGAAAGUUCUCACGUUCCGAUCGCGGAUUUACAGAUUCGAGAUCCGAUGGUCGAAGUGGCGAACUGCAUGCGAGUGGUCGACAAAAGCCUUCCGACACUUCGUCUCGUGCUGUGGGGAGCAUUCGGAACGGGCAAGACGGUCACUUUGAAUCAAGCAGUCCAUCACGCGUACAAAAAUAACUGGGCGAUUGUGCAUCACAUGCACGCGAUGGCUUUGACCCGUUCCGUGAACGAAAUCGAGAUGUCUUCGUAUGUGCCUGGUCGCAUCAACGAUCCGACAAGUGCAAUUGAGAUCCUGCAGAACUUCAAGCAACAGAAUCAGCACAUUUGGAAGACUCUCGGAGGACUACUCACUGAAAGAGAUUACGAAUGGUCGAAGAGCGAGCGAACAGCGAAAGACAAACCGAUCACUGAAAUCAUUGAAAUGGGAAUUUCCGCUCCGUUCCUUGCCAGUGAUUGCGUCGGGGCACUGUUCAGAGAACUAAGAAGACACGCGAAAGCGGGCAGCCUCAAGGUGCUCGUGGCCAUCGACGACGCGAACUCAUUGUGGGGAAAGACGUUGGUGAAAAGAGCCGACAGGACUUACGCGCCCGCUUCUGACCUCACUUUGGUCGUGCAUUUCCGGAGAAUGAUUGCAAAUGACUGGACGAACGGAUGCGUUCUGAUGGUAGCCGAUAAGAAGGAAGUGGUGGACGCGAGAGACGAGCUAGCCGUUCCCAGACAUACCCCGCUGGAAUUGUUCGGAGAGGAAGGAUUCGAGUAUGUGGAGGUGAGUGAAAAGGGGGAAACGAAGACAAAGAGCAGUCGAUUGCAGCCAUUCGUGCCAAUUGAAACAGCGAAUUACACGGAAAAGGAGGCAGAUGCGAUAUAUAACUACUAUGUGGACAAGAACUGGUUGACAACUAAAGCAGGCGAGAGAGUGCCCCCGCCAAUCAUAAUCGUUUCUCUCCUUGCAGCUCGCACCGAGGACGGAAGGAAGCAAUUGAUGCACCUCAGCGCGUUCAAUCCCUUCUAUUACGAACGACUCUGCGCAUUCAACUGA